ACGCGCGCUCCCGUGUUUAAACAGGUAGUCGGGAUUCGUGCUCGCGAAUCAGUUCUGCGGUUGCAUACGAGGCACGACGCAGAAAACGAGAGGGGAGAAGACUGAAAGGAAAUACAGCAGUGCCAAAAGUGACAGAUACACGAAGAGAGAGCGGUGUUAAGUGUUUAGAGAGAGCAGAGCGAUGAAGGUGCGUGCGGCGGCGGCGGCGGCGGCGGUGUUUUGCGGGGCUUUGGUGAUGCUGGUCCUGGCCUCGGGCGGGGAUGCUGCGGGGGAAGGAGGCCUCUCGUUUGAGUACCACCGACAUGAGGAGAUGCGGAAAGCGCUGGUGUCCGUGUGGCUGCAGUGCCCCUCCAUCACCCGCAUCUACACGGUUGGAAAGAGUUCUGAGGGGCGAGAGUUGCUGGUGCUGGAGAUGAGCGACAACCCCGGGGUGCAUGAGCCUGGUGAACCAGAGUUUAAGUACAUUGGGAACAUGCAUGGCAAUGAGGCCGUGGGCAGAGAGCUGCUCAUCUAUCUGGCUCAGUAUCUCUGUAACGAGUACCAGGAGGGCAACGACACCAUCAUCAACCUGAUCCACUCCACACGCAUUCACAUCAUGCCCUCCAUGAAUCCUGAUGGCUUCGAGAAAGCAGCUUCACAGCCUGGUGAGAUGAAGGACUGGUUUGUGGGCCGCAGUAAUGCUCAGGGCAUUGAUCUGAACCGGAACUUUCCAGACCUUGAUCGCAUCGUCUAUAUGAAUGAAAGAGAGGGAGGAGCCAACAACCACCUCCUGAAAAACAUGAAGAAAGCAGUAGAUGAAAACACAAAGCUUGCACCAGAAACUAAGGCUGUCAUUCACUGGAUUAUGGAUAUUCCAUUUGUCCUGUCAGCCAAUCUGCAUGGAGGAGAUGUGGUGGCCAACUACCCAUAUGAUGAGACACGCAGUGGCUCUACACAUGAAUAUAGCGCUAGUCCAGAUGAUCUGGUGUUUAAGAGUCUGGCUAAGGCCUACUCCAGCUAUAACCCAGUGAUGUCCGACCCAAACCGACCACCGUGCCGCAAGAACGAUGAUGACUCCAGCUUCAAAGAGGGCAUCACUAAUGGAGGAGCCUGGUACAGUGUACCUGGAGGUAUGCAGGACUUCAAUUAUUUGAGCAGCAAUUGUUUUGAGAUCACUCUGGAACUGAGCUGUGAUAAGUUUCCUACCGAGGACACACUCAAGCAAUACUGGGACCAGAACCGCAACUCACUUGUCAACUACAUAGAGCAGGUUCACAGAGGAGUGGCAGGAUUUGUUCGUGAUCUCCAAGGCAACGGCAUCUCAAAUGCCUCUAUCUCUGUUGAAGGAAUUGACCACGACAUCACAACAGCUAAGGAUGGCGAUUAUUGGCGCUUGUUGGCUCCUGGUAACUACAAAGUAUCAGCAUCUGCUCCUGGAUAUCUCACUGUGGUGAAGAAAGUGGCUGUUCCCCACAGCCCUACUACACGGCUGGACUUUGAGCUGGAGUCGCUGGAAGAAAGGAAGGAGGAAGAGAAAGAGGAGCUCAUGGACUGGUGGAAGAUGAUGUCAGAGACCCUGAACUUCUAACUGAGCUGAGACAGUGGACAUCACAAGAAAUCUGGGUGUAAAAUAUUUCCUGUUUUACAUUAGAGGCACUGCAUCUGGACUCUAUAACAUGUUUAUAGAACAGCCAUAAUGCACAUUAAGCAAUUCGUACAUGUUGACAAACACAGCCAUUGGUAGAGCUGGGCUACAUUGUGUUCCAAAGGAUAUUGUUUGUUAAAGUAUCUGCAUAUACUGAACAAUGGUUGCCCUUGUAAAUAUGGAUGAAUACAUGUAAUGCCACUUAAUUAAAUGCUAUGUAGUCUUGGUGAAGUGCCCCUAUAACGUUGAUCCUUCUGCAGGAUGUUUUGCAGUUUCGAUCAACCUGAUUAUUGUUAUUUUAAGGCAUUGUGUAUCAUCUGCCUGGGUUUCCUACGGGCAUGCAAAGGCAAAUACAAUUACACACACACACACGCACAAAGGAAUAAACGUGCAUAACACAGACCAUUUUAUUGUGGAAGCCGUUUGACUGAUCUAUUUCUCUUUUGUAACGUUGUGUUUGUACAUUGACAUUGUGAGAUUCUUUUGAGCUAUGGUCACCAAUCACACCUACUAAUCAGAGAGCACUGUGUUGUGAUGAAUGUACGUGUCAGCAAUGAUUAUUACUAUUUAUUCUGAUUGUGACUGACUAUGACUGAAGCCAACGUAGACAACACUCAUUUACGCCUAAUCACAAGUCUCUUUCUGUUCAAACACUGUCGUGUUGGUUUAAUUAAUGUCAUGUUUGAUGUCAUGAACGGAAGUGCUUUUGAUAAACCUGUUUCAUUUAUUAAUGCUUUAAUUAUUACAACUUUGAAUCUCAUAUCCAGAUAAUUGUUCAGAAAGGAAAUGGAAGAGGAUAUCAACCGAACUCCUAUCUUAUUUCAGAACUAUAUUGGAAAUGAAAUAAUUAUGAAAAUAUAAUAGCUAUAGUAGACUUGUGUUAUCUAUGUUUGUAAAGCAGAGAGUUACAUUUCAAACGAUAAAACAACACAUUUUAAUGGCACAAAUAAUCAAAUAUAUGUUUUUUUUUUAUGUAGAUGGAAAUCGGAAGGUUUUUUAAUCUGUACCAAAAUGCACAACUGUACUGUUUGCAGUCUUCAUUUAACAUUCUGUAAUAUAUUGUCCUUUUAAGUCUUUUUUUUUUUUUUCUGUAUGAAAUACCACUUGUUAAACACAAAUGCUAAAUCAUGCAACACUAUAAUUAAAUCUAUAGUCCAGCAUCCAAAAUUUCUCAUUGGCGCCCCCAUCCAACUGUCAGCCUAAGAUUUGUGGAAUAUUUCAGGCAAUUCAAAAAUAAACCCAAAGCUUAAUGUCAUAAAAUGGCAUUUCAAGCCAACUAAUACAUUUCUCUUUUGAAACUUCAAUAGUAAGUCUUGUAUUAUGAAUGUGUUGAUGGUUAAAUGACUGACGCAAUUCAAAAACUUAAUAAACUUCCCUUUCUGUUGUCAA